UCACAAAUCGUUCAAAUAAAUGGCAUCGAUAUCCCAAAUUAGUUUAAGCAUCGCACCCACAAACAAAUCGACAUCCGAAAUUGUUAGACGUAGGAAGAACGCGAAGUUUGAAAAGGUUGAUAAACAAAAAAGUUAUACGGAUCUUCCAACAGUUCUGUUAACAGAGAUUGUGUGCAGGCUUUCAGCUAGUAGUCUGUACAAAAUUCUGAAAAUCCCAUCUUCGUUACGAAAUAAGGAGUUUCACAGUAUAAUUUCGGACCCAAGGUUUCCUGAGUUGUUCAAAAGCUACGAUAAUAAUACAAGUAAUGUUCAUCCAUGCAGUUUGGUAGCUUAUAACCAAGAUGCGAAUAUGUUUUUGAUUGAGUUUGAUAGUGAUCGUAACUUUGUAUUGACCCAACUUAACACUGAUUUUAUUAGUAAAGUUAUGAGAAAGAAAUUUGUAUCGCCUUACUUGGACUAUAAAGUAUUGGGUUCGUGCAACGGUUGCCUUCUUGUAAGCUUAGGAUAUCACAUUCGUCAUCAUCGCGGUACUUUAUCUACUUGUGAGUCCAUUGCCCUUGUUAAUCCUCUCACUCACCGUUAUGUCCGUAUUCCUCGUCCAUCCAUCUCUUCCAAAUCCAACAGGUAUGCAUUUGAUUAUGUUCCGAACAUAGGAAAGUAUAAGGUGAUGAGAUUUUGUGAUGACGACUAUGAGAGCUUCACCGUAAGCGAAAGCAAGUGGUCAAAACCGCAAUGGGUAAGAAACAGAAAGCCGAAUUACAGCACGUACAUCAAGAACCAAAUAUUUGAAGGUGGUAUAGAACCGGUGGUGUUUAAGGGUUCGUCAUACUGGGUUGUAGAUGAAAUGAGUAAUAUUCUAAAGUUGGACAUGGACAAGGAGGAGUUUGAGUUAAUCCCUACACCUUGGUCGGUCUACAAAACUUUAUUUUGCGACGCAGUUUUGAGCGUCUUAAAUGACUCCUUGUGUAUGGUAUUCGUGUUAUCUGAGGUCUUCGAUAUAUGGGUGAUGAAUCAUAAUAACAUCAAUAAUCAAGUUAAAGAGCCUUGGACUAAGUUUAUGACGAUACCUGAUCCUAGCUUUUCUAUUCAAACAUCCUUUGAGAUUAUUCGAGUUUUUGACAAUGGCAACAUUGUCAUUCUUGCGCCAGACAAAAAGAAGCCAGAACAAAAGAAGGUCUAUGUUUAUGAUACCAAACAGAAGAAGAUGAUACAAGAAAAGGUUAUUCAGAUACAAGGGAUGGGGAUUUUAUCUGUUCGGAAAGUUGAGCCUAGUUUCUUAUCUAUAACACAUCACCCUCAACCUUAAUUAGCUAAGCUAGCUAGAGCCUAGAGGUUGGGCCGUUGGGGGAUCACAUUGUAAUGUAUACGUAGUUUCUCAAAAGUACAUUCAAUGUUGCAGCAGUUGGGUAUAUGGUGGAGUAUUGUUUUAGGUAUUUCAACUUUGUUUUUUUUUUAAAAAAAAAGGAAAGUGUGAUGUGUACAUUGAUAAUUGUUAUUGUUAAUUACUACUCCGUACCAUUACAGUAAAUUUGAAUUCAAUCUUAUUUGCAUGGCUCU